AUGAAAUAAAAUAAUUAUAAAACUUCUUAAGUCGAUCUUUCUAGUAUAGCAGAAUAAUCAAAUACCUAAUCAGAUGUAGAGCUAGAAUAAAUAGAUAUGGCUAAAAUGAACUGCUAUGAAUAUUAUAUUGCUAUGGAUCCACUAUCCACUCAAGUUUUCUAAAUUGAAGGAGAGCAUCACAUGAAAGAAUUGUUUAAUCGCUUAUUAAAGAAAGUUAUUGACAAAGCAUAAGAAAAUGAAAUCUUAAGAAAAUUACCAACAGUUUCUGCUUCAAAUUCAUUAAAUCUUUUAGUCAUGCCUUUAGCAUAAGCAUUCUAUAAGCCUGAAAAUCCUAUUCAAGAUAUUCAAAGUGGUGGUUUAGGAGAAGACUUUGAACCUGUAUUCCAUUUAAUUUAUUUAAGUUACAUAUUUAACAUGAAUAAUGGUUGACAUCAAAAGUAAACAUGGAAAUUAAACCAGAAAAUAGACCUAAUACAUGUUAAACAUCAAGUCCUAUGACAUUUGCAAGAUCUAAAGUUUUUGUAAUUCAAUCAUUAAUUUAAGGAUUAAACAUAAACAAUCAAAGAAAAAAAAUAGUUGGAUCCUAUGCCUAUAGAUUUAGUUGAUCCAUUAGAUAUCAGCUAAACAGAAGAACUAUUAAGAUAUAACAAAGAAUAAGAAACUAUAAAAAAGAAUGGAGAGUAAGAAAAAGAAAGAAAAAGAAAACUAAAGGAAGAAAAAGAAGAAAAAUUAAAAUAUGAAUUAAUGGCCAAAGAUAAGAAAUCUAAAUAAUAUACAUAUGAUUAUGAUGGCAAAUUGAUAUCUGUUAAUUAAACAAAGGGAAAUAAAUUGCCACCUCCAGCAUCAACUAUGGGGUAAAAUGAAAUAUUUUUUAAGAUCUAAAUUUGAUGAAGAUUAGGCAAUGAAAAUAAACCUAAAAAAGAAAUACAAUAAAGUUUCUUGGAAUAAUAAGAAAAUUGAUGAGGAGAAAGAUAAAGAAAAAGAUACAUUCAAAUUUAAUUAGAUAGCUCCUUUGGUAGUUGAGAAUAUGAAUUUAUAACCAGGAAUAGUAAUUAUUCAUGAAGGAAGAAUAAAAGAGGGAACAAGACCAAAUACUGUAGAUUUAUAAAAUAUGAAUAAUCCUGCAUUAAGAAUGGCAAGAAAUGAAUAUCUUAGUUUGACUUAAUAAAUGAAUUCGACAAUAAAUCAUAAUGUUUAAAUAAAAGCAGAUGAUAAGCCAAUAAAAUAAAUAGAUAAUGGGAAGGGAUUCAAUUAUGAUAGAUUUAAGAGACUUAACUAAUAAUCAAAUAAAUAACAUGGAGUUAUAAAGUAUAAUUAAAUAAUGAAUAAAUAGAAUAAACUCCACUAAAAUAUUUGAUUAAUUAUAAUCUGCUCUCCUUGAUGAACCUGAAGAAUUACCAAAAAUAAUAUAAUAAUAAACUUCUAAGAGUUCUUAAGAGAAUACAUUAAAAGGAGUAAGAAAUCCAGUUGAUUAAUUUAACUUAUCAUUAUAUAAGAAUAAUGUAGUAGGUAAAGAUUAAUAGAAUGAGAUUGGAAUUAAUUAUGAAAAAUUAAAAACAUCAAAAGCUAAUUAAAGGUAUUUACAAUAAUAAUCUUAGAGAUUUGAAAUCUUCAAUAGGUUCCAGAACAAAUAGGCCAAGAGAAAGAAAAAUGAUAUCCGAAUAAAGCACUUUACCAACUGUAAGGAGUCAAAAAAACUUUAAAUUAUGA